UCCUCUCCCGACUUCUCUGCGAGGGACACGAAAUAACCUCCGCAUUGCCAUCGUUGGAAACAUGACUGAACGCGAAUCAUCAAAUCACGCGACACAUGAUGAAGUUAUAAAUAAAUCGCAUCCUUAUCGGAAUGUAAAUGCACCUCGGUUCUUCCUCGUCUCGAAAGUACCGAUCUCGAAACCACCAGGGUCAGUCCAAAUCCAUCAGGAAGUGUAAUAUGUGCCUUACAUCUUGCACACUUUGAGAAAUGAUGUCCUGCACCAAGGAUCCAGAAGUACCCAACAAAAGGAAGAUCACUGUUUGGCCGCAAUGGCUGGCUGUCCUCACGAUUGGUCUAGAAGCUAUUGUUAGUGGAUUAGCGACUGGCUGGGCAUCGCCGUAUUUAGCACAAUUAACAUCGGCUGAAGUGGACAUUCCAUUGAGGCUAACCGAUACCGAAGCAUCCUGGGUGGCGUCCUUUCUAAACCUCGGACGUUUGAUCGGGGCACUCCUUGGUGCUUUUUGCCAAGAAUUCGUUGGACGAAAGAGAGUACUGCUGUUGUCGGGAUUGCCGUUAGCCUCAAGCUGGAUUUUCACUAUCUGCGCCACUUCGGUUACAUGGUUAUAUUGGUCCAGAAUCUGCUCUGGAGUUGGAUCGGGCAUGAUGUGGCCCGCGAUGUCCUUGUAUCUAGGCGAAAUUGCUAAUCCUACCAUUCGAGGCUCACUGAUAGCCAUGAAUGUGAACGCAGCGUCAGUAGGUCUAUUUCUGGGCAAUGCGAUGGGUCCUUAUCUAUCCAUGGAGAUGUUCGCUUACGUGAGCCUCGUACCGAAUAUUCUCUUCAUGACCCUCUUCAGCCUGAUACCUGAAUCGCCCUAUCAUUACGCUCUUCACGGUGAUAUUGACGAGGCCGAGGCAUCUCUCAAAUGGUUCCGACGAGAAUCUGACGUCAAGGCCGAAUUACAGGAACUCCAGGAUUUCGUCAAUGGCGCCACCGCCAGUAUCCUGACAAAACUUAAGGAUUUCCUACUACCAGCGAACCUGAAGAGCGCCUUGAUUAUGUUCGGUCUGAACGUCUUCGUGUAUGCGAGUGCAUAUAGCACGAUUAAUUCCUACGCAGAGAUUAUCUUGAUUAAUAGCGGAGUGAACGUCACCCCGUCGAUCGUAGUAAUGGUGCUGGGUUUCUCCACAAUUGUCGUCGGCUCUACCGUUACUUUGGUAGUGGAUAGAUUCGGGCGUAAGAAUCUUCUAAUAGUCUCAAGUAUUGGCGUCGCCGUUUCGCUCGUCGUUCUCGGAUUACACUUUUACCUUCUCUCCCUGGGUUUGAAUUCUGAAAUGUUGACGUGGUUGCCGAUCACGUCUUUACUGUUCUUCAAUAUCUUUGCAUCCUACGGUCUCAUCCCAGUCCCCGCCACUCUUCUAAGCGAGAUGUUUCCAGCAAAUCUUAAAAAUCUAGCAUCGCUUUGUAUCGCAUUAGGAAACGCGACAUUUGCCUUCACAUUUGCCAAGACCUAUCAACCUUUCAUAGACGUAGCUGGAGAAACGAUUGUUUUCUGGAGCUAUGGACUUUUCGUGUUACUAGCAGUGCCUUAUGUAUGGUAUUUCAUUCCCGAAACGAAGGGCAAAAGCUUAUUAGAGAUUCAACAGACCACCAAGUAAUAGGAUAUCGUGAAGGCCUGGAGAUUAUCAAAAUCGACUUUGAUAAGAAGUUUACGAAAUGUCGGUUAUAAACGAGUCUAACAAGGAAAGGACAUAGUCAACGCCUCACUGACUUUAAUCUCUUUGUACGUGGUGAAUCUACAUAAGAAAUAAAUAGGCCUGUGAAUGGAUUAGGAAUUUGUAUAUUGGAGGAUUUCGGAAACUUGAGAUUAAACUAUUAAGCUAAUAUAUUGUUUCUCGAAAUCUUAGUUGUAAUUCACAA